GAGUAACGAGGUAGUGGUGGGGUACCACCAGUGGCAGCUCUGCAUGGAGUAACAAAGGCCGUAGCAAAUUCAAAAAAACUCCCCCCUCAGCAAUUGCAGAAGCGAGUUAGUUGAGGUAGCUGCUGCAGUCUGGUAGCGUUGGGCGCUGCUGUGAAAGCGCGAAACGAGUUGUUUGAUAUCACGACUUCCGAAACAUUUACGUUUUGUAACAAAAGGAUUAUAAAAAGUGCCUAUGGUGUUGUUAGAAUACAAUAUCCGAUGUGCUUAAGGACUUAUUUGUUUUGAAAAGCAAAUUUGUAGUUUAGUGAUUCCUUGUUGUGUUAGUUCCGUUGUGUGCAUUUUCAAUGUGUUUGAUGUAAGCAAGCUUGGAACACCAAGCCAAAAGAACUCGAGUAAGCCAGUGCAAAUUCAAGCCCCGUAAGGCUAGACUUUUCAGGACAUCUGGAAGAAGGUCGCCUGAAGAGGUGCAUUGAGCCAUGAGCACGACAGUGAGCAACACAGCCGAGGAGAAGAGCGAGGACAAGAAGGAGAUAGAGGACGAGGAGAGAGAGAAGAUGUUGAACGAGGAGAACAAGAGAGCAGCGACAGGCGGCCAGGAGGAUGUGCAGGAAGAGGAGGAGGCACCGCAACAAGAAGUCGUGAUCAAGCCGGUACGCAGAGAAGGGGAAGGCGAGGUGGAGAAAAUGAAGAAGGCCCUUGAGGAAUCGGAGAAGGAGAGCGGCAAGAAGAAGAUACCCAUCGGCGGUAUCAAGAUGCCGGGGUUUCUGCGGAGCCGCUCCAGGGAGAAGACCAAGGAAGGGGAGUUGGAUGUGGAAGAAGGGCGCGACCUCUUGCAGGAGCCUCCCUGCAGUGCGACGAAUGUCACCCCGGCUGAUACGGGAGUGGGCAAGGAUCAGACGCCCCCAAGCAAGGGUCACAGGCUCCCUUCACUGAAGCUGGCGAACCCCUUUUCGAAAAAGAAGGAACAGGGCGGCGAGGUGUCGGAGGCUGGAGGUUCCAGCGCCGGAGAAGAAGAAGGCCGCAAGAAGACGGGGUUGCUGGAGGCCAUCCGACUGCCCCUUGUGUCUGUGUUUCCCCGCUCCAAACUCAAGUCCACUAAGGACCCAGAGAUUGGCCAGCAGGCUGGAUUGGCCUCUAUGGAAACUCUGGACGACAGCCUCGGUGAGAAGACAGAGAAACUGACCAAUGGAGAAGACGGUAUGGAGAGCGUCAAAUUGGACACUGAGGAGAAGGUGGACCCUGAUAAGAAGGAAGACACUGAAGGGAAACCAGACUGGAGGGAACGGAUCCGUUCAUUGUCCAGGCUGCAACUGAUUGUCGGUGGCAGUGUGAUAUUUCUGCUUCUAUUAAUUAUCAUCACCGUCAUCCCAUUUGGUACACAUAAUGAAAUAGCCCCUUCACCUAUUUUGGAUGAGAGCUUCAGGAUUGCCUUGACAUCUUGUGGACCUGUUGAAGGCUUGGUGGAGGAUGGUGCAUUUGCCUUUAGAGGAAUCCCCUACGCAGUUUCCCCAACCAAGGAGAGACGAUGGAAGUCUGCCGAACCUCUAGAUGACCUGGAGAGAUGCUGGAUUGCCACCCUUCCUGUUCAAAAUGCUACCCCAGUCUGCUGGCAGAUCUACCCCAUGGGCAAAAUGGACGGUGAUGAGGACUGCCUCACCCUUGACAUCUUCACGCCUCAAGUUCCCUAUCUCAAUCCUAUACCUGUUGUAGUUCUUAUCGGUGCAGAGUCCCUGAGUGGAGGGUCGCCUGGAGCUCUUCGUGUGAAUGCCAGUCUGGCGAAAGCACACAAUGUGGUAUUCGUGCGUCCCAACUUUAGAUUAGGGGUCCUGGGGUUCCUUGCUGCAGAAGAUAUGAAGAAAGAUACUUAUCCACUGACAUCAGGGAACUAUGGACUCUCAGACAUUGUCAUGGCACUGGAGUGGAUCCAGCUGAAUAUUGAACACUUCGGUGGUGAUUCAAAAUUAGUGACGCUCCUCGGACACAGAGCAGGUGGAACUCUGGUCACUGCACUCACCGCCUCAAGAAUGGCCAAGAACCUUUUUGCAAAUGCCUGGGUAUCGAGUGGUGCGAGCAUAUUUCCUGGCAAGGAGCUGAUUGAAUCUGAAAGAGACAACGCACAGUUUGUGGAGUCCCUGAACUGUGGGGGAGACGUGCAGUGCCUCAAAAGCAAGGACGUAGAAGAGCUUCUUGACUCUGUGCCAGAGCCCUGGAGACACCCACUGCAGGAUUUGCCACAAACAGAUGAUGAAGGAUCAUCUGCUAAGCACCAGUGGCUCGUUCUGGAUGGACAGUUCCUUCAGGAACAUGUAUCUGAUGCGUGGAAGUCAAAUGGACUUCAUGCCAAACUCGUUAUGGGCUCCACAGUGCAUGCAGAUAUUCCUCCAAGGCUGCAUGCACAGAACAAUAACUGGACAGAAGAGGCUGUGAAGUACCAUGUGAUGUCCAGUGUUGUGGGCCGUAAGAAUCUAACAGAUGAUGCGCUGAGGAGGUAUGGAGCUGAUUGGCCAGGGCUGGUGGCCAUGAUCUCAGACAUCCGAACAGUUUGUCCCCUGCUGUACCUGUCACAUAGUCAGCAGGGCAAGGCCAUUCCCUUCUACAUCGUCAACCACACGAGGGACAACCCCAGCUUUGGCCCUGAGAAACUGGCAGAUGUGUCAGUGGAUGUGGAGGCAAUUCUGGGGCUUUAUGCACCGCAAACCCCAUCGCAGAGAAGGUUUGUGGAGUCCAUACAAGAUCUCUUCUACCAUUUUGUGCGCCAUGGGGAACUGAAGAAUAUAGAGUCACUUGGCAGCAACCAGGCUCUAAUGAUCGAUCAGGGUGUUAUUCCCUUCAACAAUUUCUCUAACUGUGACCUUUGGUUUGCUAAUGACAUCGUACCCCGACAUGGGAGAAUUGACUGAAGUGUUUGUUUGAUGCAGAAAAUAAAGAGAAAAUGCUAUAUAUAAUGGAAGAUACUGAUGAAAGAACACCUACCUACUAGGGGAGGACCUCCCUACAACAGUACAAAGUUGAUUGGACACCUGUGCAAAAUAAUAACAGAAGUCCAGGCUGUCUGGCAGAUUGUCAGCUUCUCAAGUUUUGUAAUGAUGGAUUAAGUUUUUCCUAAUUAUGGUGUUUAUACUGAGUGUUUUACCAGUAAAGGCCACUGUAGUGUGGUAUCAGUGUUCCAAACUAGUAUGAAAGUUUUCAAUGUACAGGGGACCUCUAACUUUUCAUCAUAGCACAAGAAGUGCAUGAGUUGUAAGAAAAAUUAAUUAAGUUUGUGAUAGUUCAGACAUUAAUGGCAGCAGAAAAUAUUAACAUGAGAUAUUUGAAAUGGUCAUAUCCAAAUAGUCUUUACCUGUCUGUAGACAUACCCUAGCAAAAUUUAUACAUUAAAGUCUGAUGACAGUGGUGGGCGUGUUACGGUAUUAUGUUAUAUGAUCUAACAUUUAGAAAAGUAAUAUUUAAUUUACAACAUGUUUGUAUUCACCCAUCAUCACGACAUUACAAAGACCAGACCUCGACAUGGAAUGAAGAUCCUAGUUAGUGUGGCGGUGCCUCAUAUAGAAGCAUGUCUACACCAUGUCCAUUGGAUCAUUUCUGUAGUUUGCUUCACAUUUUGAAAUCUUAAAGAGUUCUCAUAUGUAAUGACAAUCAUAGCAAGGCAGCAUGAGAACAACUUACAGCCCUGCAUGACAUCACAAUAGGAUGGUGGUUUUAGGCUUUCAGUUGAUUUUAAUUUGUUAGUCGUUUUUUCGCAAGACGGUUGUUUCUUUAAAAAUUACAGAACUUAAUUUAAUAAUUUUGUAUAAGAACAUCAUUGUAAUGUCACGAACAAAUUUUUAUUUUUCUACUUAAAACAGUGACGACCAAAAAUAUAUCACCAUAAUAGAAGGAAUAUGAAAAAUAUCUGUAGAUAUUUGAUGACAUAUGCAUUUAUAUCAUACAGUAGUCAGACAUAUAGACCAACAGAUGAUAAACUUUAUUGAUACUAGUACACGAUCAUCUGCCAUAAACAGGGCUGUAAAAUAGACAGAUUUUUACAUGGUGAAAGAUUUGAAACUUCACCUUGUGACACUUAGCGAACAUACAGAGAAGUGUGUGUGAAUUUAUAUCAGCAGAAGCACAUCAUGCACAGUAAAGGUGCAACUGUAUUUAAAAGUAAGUAAAGGUAUCCCCAUAACAGGCCAUGAAGGCCCAUAGGGUUGUGAGGUGUUGAGGCUCCCACAUUUUAACUAACUAAUACCAUUAACGGCAACGGGGAUCCAGUGCGCUGACCACGCAACACCUUCUAUCCACUAAAGUUGGCAUUAACUUCGCUGACAAGCUGCGGUCGCUCAGUCGGUAUAGUUCACUUGCGGACUAAAACAACAGAGUUGAUUGAAUAUUGAAUACCAUGAGACAGCUGUAGUCAUUCAGCUACUCAAGAAAUUUCCACAUCUUAAUGGAACAUAAGGGUAUUAACAAAAGCUGUAUUGGCACAGCCCACUUGCUGAAACCUUGUGUAAAGUUUUCUAAUCCAACCAUUUUUUGAUGCAGGGAGCUGUUCACUCCCCAUCAAGCCUCCUCAAAAUUCCACUGAAAAUAUGUAUACAACUCUGUACAAGGAACUGGAAAGACUAAGCCCCAACAUUGAUUUUUAAACAUAUGUUGAAAUGAUAAAUCAGUUUUAAAAACAGGCUUGUUGCUGCAGUGAUCAAUAUUUGUGGACAAUAGCCAUCAUUCUGUUGAGAGAAGUUUCGGAGACUGCCUCUGUCUCUGAUCAGGUAAAGUACCUUGCUUGGACCUAACUGGUAGAGCUAGUUGUUGUCAAUGGAAAUAGCAGUGUCAAGUGUCACAACAUUCUUGCACCCAAACAAUUAAAAAUGUAAGUCAUGAUAAUGUGCAACAGCCUCUCUGGUCUAGUGGUCAGAGGUCCUGGGUUCGAUUCCCGGCGCUACCAGAUUUUCUGAGAAGU